AUGGCACCGUUGCCUAAAGAAAGAGUCACCUGUACCCGUCCUUUCAGCAAUACAGGCGUUGAUUUCGCUGACCCAUUAACAAUUCGUAGUGGAUUUCGUGGGAGGCCAGGUAAAAAGGCCUGGAUAACAAUAUUUGUCUGCUUUUCCACCAAGGCAGUACAUAUAGAGGCUGUGGAGGACUUGACAUCUAGUGCAUUUAUUGCCAUACUACGACGAUUUUGUUCUAGGAGAGGAAAACCUAAUAAGAUUUGGAGUGAUAACGGCACCAACUUUGUUGGAGCAAGACGAGAACUGGCAAUAUACACUAAGGACAUUGAGUCACAAUCAGCAAAUGAAGGCAUCAACUGGCAUUUUAAACUCGACAUCAACUGCACACUUUGGAGGAAUUUGGGAAAGCUGUGGGGUCCAAUCACAUUGCCUCCAGAACCAGAUUUGACUUCACAGCAAAUAAGCGGAUUAAGACGGUGGAGACUAGUACAAGCUCUCAUGCAGACAUUUUGGAGUAGGUGGACCUCAGAGUACCUCCCUCAGAUUCAGGUGACGGGGAAAUGGACAACUGCAUCUAAAACAUUGGCAAUUGGAGAGGUCGUGAUUGUAAAGGAAGAUAAUAUGGCUCCAUACAAGUGGAAAAUGGCUCGCAUAAUAUGUUUACAUACAGGCAAAGAUGGUCAUACCCGAGUAGUCACCAUACGAACAGCAAAUGGAACAGAGAUCAAAAGACCAGUAAUCAACUUAUGCUACCUUCCAGUCGAAAAAGAAUUGGAAAAUAACUGA